AUGUCUUGGGGUGUCAACGAAGCGAUCAAAGUUCGCGCCAUCGUUCCUGGUGGCAUAUACACGGACCUAAUGAGGAGUGGCAUAAUUAGUGAACCGUACUACGGUUUCAACGACGUGAACUACGAGUGGAUCGCCUUGGAGGACUGGACGUUUUACAGAUCGUUUAUAGCUCCGAAGGACCUUCUGGAACAACGGGAGGUAACUCUCGUUGCUCAUGGCAUCGACACUGCGUGCGUAAUUGUGGUAAACGGUGUUCGCGUGCUCAAUGCGAGCAACAUGUUCGUUAGAUACGAGGUCUCCGUGAAGUCUGUGCUGAAGGGCAUCGCAAUUCAUCGCUGGUGGCCAGUCGGUUACGGUCAGCAGAGUUUGUACACGCUCCAGAUAUUAGUCUCCGUAGGUGACGAUCUGUUCGAGCAGACCGUCCGUAUUGGAUUUCGAACAGUUCAGCUAAACGAAGACAUGAUCCAGGGCUUCGACACUGCGACUGCUUUCUACUUCGUGGUUAACGACAUCCCCGUAUACGCCAAAGGUAGCAACUGGGUGCCGCCAGAUAUCUUUCCCGAGAGAAUCACGAACGACUACGUCAAGGAGCUGCUGCUUUCUGUCAAGGAGGCGAACAUGAACAUGCUUCGUGUGUGGGCUGGCGGCGUGUACGAAACGGACUACUUCUACAGCCUUGCCGACGAGCUCGGGAUCCUGAUCUGGCAAGACAUGAUGUUUUCAGCCAGCCUCUAUCCAGCGGAUCGCUCUUUUCUCCAAAGCGUCGCCACCGAAGUUCAGCAGCAGGUUCGGCGCCUACAACAUCACCCUUCUAUUGUUGUUUGGGCGGGAAACAACGAAAACGAAGACGCCCUUGCUUCUGGUUGGUGGGUUGAAGUCAAGAACGCCUACGACCUAUACCGUACCGAUUACAUAAAACUGUACAUCGGCGUUGUCAAGACCGUCGUUGAGGCCGAAGACAAGACGAGACCUUUCGUGUCAUCAACACCGAGCGACGGCAGAAAGACUGCCGAAAAUGGCUGGAUUAGUUCGACGCCCAACGGGGAAAUGAAUGGCGAUCGUGCUCGUUACGCAGCUCGGAUUAUCGGCGCUUACUUCUGCGUUGCCAAUACAUCCCGGACCGACAGGCCAUUGGGCUACGACAUGGUCUCCUACCUCACCCAGAGGACAUAA